UGCCCACAUUUUUAACGCUUGCCCUGUACGUAGAUUGAUUUUUUUUUCUCUAGCAUUCCCUCAGCAGAUGGAUUUUUGCUACUGCAGAUCAGCAGAGGGUGUCAGAUCUUUCAGAGUGCACCAGGCUGGAACGAGCAGAGCUUCUUAGUAACUCUCUGUUUCCCCUCCCCACUCUCGCUUUUUCCCAUCUUCUCUCCCCAACCCCCUCUUCUGAGUAAUUCAGAAAGAGCAGAAGAAAGAGAAGCGAAACAAAGGAAAGAAAGAAGCGUUAGUUAAGGAGAAAAGAGUGGAACCUCCAAAAAGAACAGAACACAAGAAGAGGGGGAAUGAUGGACAACCACAAAACGCAGAGAUUGCGGAAAUUUUGCAGCGCCAUUGGCUCGGCAGCUAUUCCUUAGGCUGGGGCGUGAUUUCAGCACCAAGGGGAACUGGACAGCACCCAGAGGGGACUCCUAGGCUGAGAGCAACAGCAGCAGGAGCCGCUGCAGCAGCAACUACAGCAUCAGCAUCAGCAUCAGCAGCCGGAAACCCUGCUUUGUAACAGAAAAGGCAAGGUCAGUUCGAAGCAUAGCCAUGCACAGGCACUUCGCCUGUACUACGCUGCACUCACCCUGCUUGUGUGUCUAACAUGCACUUGCUUCUAAUUCCUAGCAUUGUUACUAUUCAGAUUAGUGAAGACAACUAGCAGAGAUUCGACAGUUACGGGUUUAUUUAUUUAUUUUUUUAAAAUUUCUUUUGGUGGUUUAAAGGGGGAGGGAGGGGGAUUUUUCUACUUUUAAAAUUUUUAUUUUUGCGUGCCUUGCACUACGUGCCUGGAUAGUUUGUGGAUUUAUUUAUUGACUGGCGUCUGGACUGUUGCAGUGUGGGGGGGGAGGAGAGAGGAAAAAAUCCACCCCCCCCAAAAAAAAAACAAAAACAAAAAACGAAAGCUCUUUUUUUUCCUUCUUCUUCCUUGGGUUCGGACAUUGAAGUGGUAAAUGAACUUGAACUGUGUCUGUGACAAACAGGAUGGUUGUUGUUACUUUGUGAUGAGAUCGGGGAUGAAUUGCUCAGUUUAAAAAUGCUGCUUUGGAUUCUGUUGCUGGAGACGUCUCUUUGUUUUGCCGCUGGAAACAUUACAGGGGACGUUUGCAAAGAGAAGAUUUGUUCCUGCAACGAGAUAGAAGGGGAUCUGCACGUAGACUGUGAGAAAAAGGGUUUUACAAGUCUGCAGCAUUUCACUGCCCCUACUUCCCAGUUUUACCAUUUAUUUCUGCAUGGAAAUUCCCUCACGCGACUUUUUCCUAAUGAGUUCGCUAACUUUUAUAAUGCGGUUAGUUUGCACAUGGAAAACAACGGCUUGCAUGAAAUUGUUCCCGGGGCUUUUCUGGGGCUGCAGCUGGUGAAGAGACUCCACAUCAACAACAACAAGAUUAAAUCUUUUCGAGAACAGACUUUCCUGGGAUUGGACGAUCUGGAAUACCUCCAGGCUGAUUUUAAUUUAUUACGAGAUAUUGACCCGGGAGCAUUUCGGGAUUUAAACAAGCUUGAGGUACUCAUUUUAAAUGACAACCUCAUCAGCACCUUACCUGCCAAUGUGUUCCAAUAUGUUCCCAUCACCCACCUCGACCUUCGGGGAAAUAGACUUAAAACAUUGCCUUAUGAGGAGGUCUUGGAGCAGAUCCCAGGCAUUGCUGAAAUCCUUUUAGAGGAUAACCCCUGGGACUGCACUUGUGAUCUGUUGUCUCUGAAGGAAUGGCUAGAAAACAUACCCAAAAACGCACUUAUUGGACGUGUGGUCUGCGAAGCCCCCACAAGACUGCAGGGGAAAGAUCUUAAUGAGACCUCAGAACAAGAUUUGUGCCCUUUGAAAAACCGAGUGGAUUCUAGUCUUGCAGCCCCCCCUGCCCAGGAAGAGACCUGUGCUCCUGGCCCCAUUCCAACUCCCUUUAAGAUUAACGGCCAAGAAGAUCCUGCCACUCCAGGGGCUGCUCCAAAUGGAGGUACAAAGAUUCCAGUCAACUGGCAAAUCAAAAUCAGACCUACUGCGGCGGUAUCAGCGAUCAAUGACAAAAACAAACCUCCGGACAGAAGUAUGACCUGUCCGGAGAUAUGCAGUUGUGACCAGAUCCCAGAUUCGGGUCUAAAGGUGAAUUGUAAUGAUCGAAACGUGAGCAGUCUGGCAGAUUUGAAGCCCAAGCCUUCCAAUGUACAAGAGCUGUUUUUGAGAGAUAACAAGAUUCACACCAUUAGGAAAGCUCACUUUCUGGAUUAUCGGAACCUUAAUUUGUUGGAUCUAGGAAACAAUAAUAUUGCAACGGUGGAGAACAACACCUUCAAGAACCUUUUGGACCUAAGAUGGCUGUAUAUGGAUAGCAACUACCUGGAUACCCUGUCCCGAGAGAAAUUCGCUGGGCUGCUGAAUCUUGAGUACCUGAAUGUGGAGUUUAACGAGAUCCAGCUGAUCCUCCCGGGUACCUUCAAUGCUAUGCCCAAACUGAGGAUACUCAUUCUCAACAACAACUUGCUGAGAUCCUUGCCUGUCGACGUGUUUGCUGGAGUCUCUCUUUCUAAGCUAAGUCUCCACAAUAACUAUUUCCUGUACCUCCCAGUAGCGGGGGUAUUGGAUCAGUUAACCUCCAUCAUACAGAUAGAUCUGCAUGGCAACCCCUGGGAGUGCUCUUGCACAAUUGUGCCUUUCAAACAAUGGGCAGAGCGCCUGGGUCCCGAGGUGAUCAUGAGUGAUCUGAAGUGCGAGUCUCCGGAAGACUUCUUUAAAGCAGAUUUUAUGUUCCUCUCCAAUGACGUGAUGUGCCCCCAGCUGUAUGCAAAGAUCUCGCCUACGUUAACUUCACACAGUAAAAACAGCACUGGGUUGGCGGAAACAGGGACUCAUUCCAAUUCCUACCUAGAGACCAGCAGGGUCUCCAUUUCGGUGCUGGUCCCGGGACUCCUGCUGGUGUUUGUCACCUCUGCCUUCACAGUGGUUGGCAUGCUAGUGUUUAUCCUGAGGAACCGAAAGCGGUCAAAGAGAAGGGAUGCCAACUCAUCUGCAUCUGAAAUCAAUUCCUUACAGACUGUCUGUGAUUCUUCUUACUGGCACAACGGACCUUACAAUGCAGAUGGAGCCCAUAGAGUUUAUGACUGUGGCUCUCACUCCCUAUCAGACUAAAAACCCAGGGCAACGGGUGGGGGAGGGGAGGCGGGGAGCAUUUCCACAAGUUUCGCAGCUAUUGCAACCCUGAGAUUGAAGAAAUCUUGACUCUUGUGCUUUGUCUGCUCGCCCACGCCAAAGCGUGAUUGGCAUCAAUCAAUCAAUCAAUAAACCACCCUAAGAGGAGAGAGUUCUGGCCCCUCAGCUCUCUUCUGGAAAAGCCAAACAGUGCAAAGACUGUGGCAUAACAAGGGGAACCGAAGCCAGCUCGCUAGCUCUAAAACCCCUUUUGAGAGGCAGCCAAGCUGGGGCAGCGCUUCUUACAUCUGACUAUGCCCUUAGUGAGCUUUGGAGACUAAAAAGAGGGCAGAAGACAGACUUGGCCAAACUCUUAUAGGGCGAGCGAUUGUUAUUGUCCUAUAUAUAUAUGUAUAAAUAUACCUACGUCUAUAUAUAUAGAUAGAUAUCUAUUUUUCCCCUGUGGAUUAGCCCCGUGAGGAGGGGGACAUGAUGGCCUCCCUGCUGACACUUCAGGGACGGGAAGUUGCACGAAGGCAUGAAUGUAAUGUAAAUAAAUGACUCGGAUUCCGAACAAAAAGUGCUGCAUGGCUCGCAUGGAUACAACGCACCCCAGGGACGCUCCCCCUCCCACUCAACCGGAGACAGCGUCUAAUUCACACCAUCCACCCUCUUACCUGAUAAGUCCCAUCGUAUCAAACUUUCUAUAAACAAAAUACAGUAUAAUCUAAAAGUGCCAUUUCGCCAUUUUUUUUUUGUGAUGAUAGGCAGUACAGAAAGGUACAUUUACUGUGAAAAAUAAUGUAAAGAUUUUAUUUAAGACAUUUGCAUGGAUAGUCAUCAGUUCAUUUUGAGUUAAAAAAAAUUUACUUUCUUUGGAGAGGUUUUCCGGGGUUACUUUGAUAUUUUUGUUUUGUUUUGUUUUGUUUUGCUAUUUUUCUAUAAGUAUCCAAUAAUGCCUUCCAUCUGAAUGUAAAAUUAGUACCUUUGAUUUCUAUUAUGGUAUCAGUGUAAACAUUCAAAAAAUUAAUUCCAAGGCAGUUAAGCAUGACCAAUUAAUGUCACUCUAGUGCUUAGGCUGCAAUCUUAAUGGUAGCAAUUCUGUGCUGGUGUAAAUCUUACUAUUAAGGAGAAAAAACAGAAUCGAGGAAGCACGUGAAACUUACUAAUUCUAUCCGAGGAUUUUAUAAUGGCAUAUUUUUUCAGUAUUAAAGUGAAAAUGUUUUCAA